GUCUACAUUGGUUGUGGCUUGGGUAUCAGUCAAAUUGGUUUCGUGAUGACAUCAUUUGGAGUAACCGAUGCCAUUUGUAGCUUAGUGUUCGGUCCACUGAUAAAACUGUUCGGACGAAUGCCGCUAUUUGUUUUUGGUGCAGUUAUCAAUAUGCUCAUGAUUAUGACACUUUUAAUUUGGCCGCUGAACCCCGGUGAUACUUCGUUGUUCUAUGCAAUUGCCGGAGUUUUGGGGAUGGCUGACGGCGUUUGGAACACCCAAAUUAAUGGAUUUUGGGUCACAUUAUCAGGGACCUCUUUGGAAACGGCAUUUGCAAAUUAUCGUUUCUGGGAAUCAGCUGGUUUCUCUUUCGGAUUGCUGCUUACUCGUUUCACAAUUGUCUCCCAGUUUUUGCACAUUUCAUUGGGCAUGUUACUUGCUGGAAUGCUCUGCUACUUGAGCAUUGAGUUCUACGACGAUAUCUGUGUAAGGCUGCUCAAACGUUUGCUUCUUCGAUCUUCGAGACGCUCGGAGCCUUUGAACUAA